UUUUUGUUCUAUCUGGCAACCCGCUUGCCUUGUCUUAGCAGCUACAGUUAGUCUUCUGACUACAGAACUCAAAAUUUACUUCAUCCUCGAGAUGGUUGUACUUAACAGUAACGCCAACAAUGAAGAAUCCGAUAUAAUCCUGAUAGAAGAGCGCUGCUCCUCGUUGCCCAGCUCUCCAGCCAAACGGGUGUCUCCAGCCAAAAGGAAGCAGUACUUUAUAAGCCAGGCCAUACGCAACUCUGACCUUGUACCCAAAGCCAAGGGUAAAAAAAGUUUGAGAAGACGAGAGAACACUCGCUACUUGGAUAACCUCCUGGAGCGAGAUGAGUGCUCCAAAGAUGAGACUGAAGCGUACGAGACAGCGUCGCCAACUAUUUUCACUGAAGCGUGCACCAAUGGAAACUAUGUGGAGUACUGGAGUGACUUCAUGAACCGCUCAGGAGAGGAGCAGGAGAAAAUGUUGGCCCUGUUGGAUGCGGAGACAAGAAGACAGAGUAACUCCAGCAAGGCCCUAAAAGACCAGAGAGAGUUGAACCCUGCCUUCACCGCUCAGGAAUGCUUCCAAAGAAUUGAUCGGAAGUUGCGUGCAACAUUGAAACGCAAACAUGUUCCCAAGACGACAUUGGAGCUUCUGGAGAGUGACCUGCUGACCUUUUUUGAAGCUCACCCGCAAUCUAUAUACGUCGCCAAACUUAGCAACAGUUUUGAGAGACUGUUGCUUCAUGCCAUUUGCCAGUACAUGGACCUCGCAUCAGCCAGCACUGACUGUAAUGGCACACGACAGACAAAGGUUGUGAACAAGCAAGAGGAGUUCCUCCCUCCUUCGCCAUUGCUCUCGGCUUAUUUGGAGCAGAGGAGCUGAGAGGAGGACGGUAUUCCGGCACUGCCACCUCACCUGGCCAGUAUGAAUCAUAGAAGCAGCUUUAAAUAAACAGUCUGUAUUCGUGGUCUCUACCGGCUACAAAAGAAAGGCUUUGUUUUAGAGAGUGUCUCACAAUGUUCUUUAAUAGCUACUUGGACUUUAAAUAGACUUAAUCUCGACGUUAAAUAAAGCACAAACAUCCAGUAUACAUACAGAAUAUGGUCCUGGCAGAUGUACUGUUUUGUCCUAAAGGGCUUUUAUAGGUGCUAGCAGUAAAUUUGAAUGAUACUUUUACUACAGAAUUCGUUGUAAAAUGAAAUGAUCGUGAUUUUCAUGAUGCUAUUCAAAAAGCUUUGCACUAAGCUUUGUGAUAGUCGGUUAUUUUAUUUUUUUGCUUCAUCCACACUGAUUAAGUGCAAAGAUGUUUUGUACAUUCUGGCUAAUGAAACCUUGCGGAAAGCUUGCAUAAUUGGAACUUCUGCAAAAAAAAAAGCAUUAGCAAAUACGUUCCUGAUGGUAUCUCUUUCUGCAACAGUAACGCACCUGAUAGAUUUUAGUGUAAACGUAUCUACGUAUGAUCAUGUUUCAGCUUUCUCAAGAUUAUACUGAGGAUGGUGUUCAAACUAAUUAUGAUUAAUGUACAGAUUUUUCAGUUUUGAAUGUAAUGGUCUAGCAUAUGUACAUGUAGCUGAGGCUGUAAAAGUAGAAAGUGUAGAAAAUCCUUUUGACUUUGGCCAUGCUAAUUGUUAGUGGAUAAACGAAUUAUUCAUCUCGGUAGUACUUGCGGUUUUAUUUCCUUACCCGCUAUCCAUAUGUAGUGUACUGAUCGCUAACUGCCAUUUUUAACGCUUUAAUAAUUGAAUAUUUUAAUUAUGCACACAUGCUCAUGAGAUGACGUUUGGUAGAAAUGGUGGUGUUUCCAUUCUCAAACACUGUGCCAUAUGUUGUACUUUUGACAUUUAUUCUAAAGUGUAGCCAUUUUAGUAAAUUAAAAAUCUCCCAUCACUUGACACAACUGUUUACAAUGCAGAAACUCGAAUAUAGGGUCUUCGUUUGGUACUGAUGAUGGUGGACGGCAGUGACGUUAGACUUAAGGAAGCUUCCGAGGCAUGUGAUGUCAAUAGGGGCCUUUUACUGACAUCCCAGAUUUUUGUUUAUCACGUAGCAUCCGCCAUAUUGCCGGGCAAACAAAGAAACGCGGCUGUUGACAGUUAAUAAUGAAAAUUGAGAUGACUGCAGUCAGUACAAUCUCUCAAACGAUUAAAAGUUUAGAUUAUACCAGCAAAUCGCGUUACAUCCAAAAAGCUGAAACAUGCAGGCAUCACAGAUCCAUAUAAUUUACCCACAAAUGCAUUUAUUCCACUUGAAACAUGUACGGCGAACCAGCUACCAGAUUUGGGACAUCCUGAACUAUUUAGUAUUUGGACUUUAACAUGCACCGGAGAUGCUAAAGGUAGGCAUCUGUAUUUUUGUCUGCUGAUGUUUCGAGGCAGGUUUCGUGCUGGAAUGUUAUGGGAAAUUCCUGAUAAAGAAAAAUACCUUAUUAUGACAAAGAUAAGCUCAAACAUGGACUUCUAAUAGUAAUAAACAAGCCAGGGCCUAGAUCUAGCAUAUUUUAUGGUGUUUAGCUGAGUCUACAUUAUCAGUACAUAACAAACAUGCUGCUAGUCGAGCUAAGCAUUAGGUCUAAUAAAAUAUAUUGCGUCCAAAGCCUACAUCCAGAUAUACGUUUUAACGUUCAUGCAUUUGCCACGUUUUUUUGUAGAGUAAUAAGUCUGACAUGCUUGUGUAUGUACCAGUAGACUGUACUGAGUGCCAGAUCAUGCAAUUUGUUAAAGCUUUACUAUCUAGACCAAAGUUGAAUGUUAACUUGAGUACGCCGAGUCUAGACCUAGAUCUGUAGGAUUUUUAUAACUGAAUGGCCUUGAACUAGAAAAAGUGUUAGGAAAAAUAAUCGGUGCACAGGACUUUCAUACUAACCUGAUAUAAAAUGUUCUCCACACACACGCGAAUGCUUUGUUGGCAUCCAAUCUUCCCGUUUAACUGCAGCUCGCCAUUUUUCUUGUCUUCACUGCUUCCUGGCGAAGCCAGAAAAAGUUAAACCAGGCUUCUCUCCACAUCUGUUAUUACAUCCAAAAGCACUACAGGUCUCUGGCAUUUGUUCUUUUAGAUGUCACUUCUACCAGUUUAUCUGUAGAUGUUUACUGAAUUGGGCUUACAAUUACUUGUGUACACCGCUGCUGUGCUGGUCGUUGUCAAACACGAAGCUUUGCCCGGCAACAUGGCCGCAUCAACAUCCGCAGUUACGAUGAUGUCAUGUUAAAGGCCCCUAUUGUCAAUCUGCAAUGAACUUGCAAAAAACCAAACCAACUUGCACUUACAAUUAUGCCUUACACACGCAUGCCAGUUUGUUAGUGAUGUAGUUUUUCAUAUUGUACAUUUCCAGAACAAAGGGUUGCUGUGUUUUACAGUAUGAGUAAAAAGAAUCUGGCGAGACCUGAUCAGUCAGGGUGUUGGUGUUGCAAACCAAAUUGUACGUGUAUGGUUGCUUAUUUUCUCAGGCACCAAAACUCCUGAAUGUGAGUUUCUGUACAAAUUGAACACGUUUUUAAUUCACAUGAAGCCACGUGUUCCGUAUUUUUCUUUAGAUGCAAGUCCUGGCCUUUGGGGCCUUUUAUUAAAGGUCUACAUCUGUCUGCCAUUUUAUUUUAUUUUAUUUUUUGUAUGUGUGUAAAAUAAAUAAAAUCACACACACGCAUAUACAGUGGGGUCCAGAAGUCUGACAGCUCAUUGAAAAGCUGGGGAUUUAUUCAUUUAAAAUUGGAAAUAAACAGAAGGUUUUGAAAUAGAAAGUAAAUGUUAAGUAUGUUGAAUAUUUAAGAUUCAAGUUCCUGUGCUAUUUCCAGGUCCCGAUUUGAAUGCGAGUUUGUGAUAUUGAUCAUGUUAACUGUCUUGUACAAAAUGUCCGAUCUUCCUCAUGCCUAAUCUCUUCUACUGAAGCAUGUGAUCAGACAACACUCCAGUGUAUUUGAUCUAAAAUGGAUAAGGUUUUGCAGAAACUUGUGGAGCCCGUUUCGGCUCAAGUACACAGUCAUUAAAGCACAGGGGACGAACCAAAUUCUAGGAAACUCUCUGAAAUUCAUGGAAGUAUUUCAAAGAAUCUACUUUUCACACAAGUUGAUGUAAAAAGUAUAAUUUGUAAUGAAAAUUGUUGUGUUAAAUUAGAAAAGAGUGCACAGUAGAAGCUUUUUCAGUCGUGGCCAGACUUUUGGACCCUGUUGUAUGUAGAGGUAGUUGGCAUCAUUCACUAUAAACCAUAGGAUGCGUCUUUAGUUGUACAACAAAUAGGAAAAUGACUCGUGUUGAUUGUAUGUUGAGUUCGUAUUUAUAUGAUCAUUGUGUGAUUGAUUGGUCCAAGCCAUAAAUGACUGACUGUACCUUCAUUUAAAUAAAUACUCAGUCAAGUU